UUAUGCCACGUCGAUGACGACAACUAUCUGAAUGUACCAAAUUUGGUAAACUUACUCAGGCAGUAUGAUCAUAAUCAAGAUCAUUACAUCGGCCGAGAAAGCCUCCCUAAACCUAAGGUAGUCGUAGAUUCGGAGAUACAGAAGGAAGUACAAUUUUGGUUUGCAACUGGCGGCGCAGGGGUUUGUUAUAGCAGGGCGUUGAUUUCUAAGAUGAUGAUAUAUGCAAGUAAAGAAAACUUACAGAAAACAUGCGCGAGAAUAUAUCAACCCGAUGACGUCACAAUUGGCUUCAUUGUAGAAUCCUUAUUGAAUAGGACACUAACGAAAGUGUGUACCCUUAAUUCUCACUUACAAACGAUGGCUGAUAUUCCCGUGGGAGAACAGAAAAAACAGGUUACCUUCGGUUACCAUCUUAAGGACUUGAGAAUAAAGGGAGUCAAUGUGAUCAAUAUGACAGCUGUGGUAAAUGAUGACCCUACCAGACUCAAAUCAUUCCAUUGUACCUUCUUCCGUGGAUACGGAAACUGCCCAGAAAUCAUUCCUGAACCUCCAGCCAACUAAUGAUAUAUGGUCACAGGUACCUUUACGAACGCCGUACCAACGAUUUCAAACCACUUGCUGAAUGUAUAAAAGUCGUACGUGCUGUGUUCCUAAAGGUAUUUGUGACCGUAUAGCAUUAGGGUCAUCCAUCGGACCGACAGCGCUAACAUCCUGGAGCCAGAAAGAAUAUCAACACUUAUCUAUCUAGGAGGAUCCACUUCGCGUUGUCUCCUAAAUUUGCAUUUAUAUCUCAGAGCUGACAACGAAUACUGAUAUUAAAUAUUCAUUACUGAAAAUUAAAAGAAUACUGAUUGUUUCAUUUAUGAUUUCCUCGCCAAAAUACUGGUUUUCAGCUCUUAAAAUACUGAAUGUUAUUGUUCGGUUUGGCGGCUCUGAUAACUAUACUAAUGAUCCAUAUUUUGUUGAUUCCUUCAUAAAUAAUAUAUUUAUGUACAUCAAAAAUCUAAGAAGAGGAGGUUCAAUUUAUUAAGCAUCCUCACCAAUGCUACACUGGGAGUACAUUGUUAAGGUAAAAUAAUUGUGUAUCUUUGUGAUCUUAAAGGUGCAAAGUUACACCUAUAAAAGUGGUCCAAAUCCAGCAAGUUGGAAAUUGUGCACCUUAGUGAUAUCUGAUAGGUGCAAUGUUACAUUUAUGAAGGUGCUCCAAUUCCAGAAAGGUGCAAACUUUCACAUUUUAAUUGCUUCCAGUGUGGCAUUAGGUUUAACGAAGGGUUCAAUAUUAUUUAGUACCUUUACAAAUGCCACACUGCAUGGAAUUAUGCUUUGAAAGGUGCCAUUUUGCAUGCACCUCUUUGGUCUGUAACGUGCAAAGUUGUAACUAUAGUUGUAACUAUAAAGGUGCUCCAUGACCAGCAAGUAUUAAUAAUGCACCGUGUGGAUUGGACUUUCGUUCAGCGUUGAACCUUUAUUUAUUCAUGUGCAGGAUCUUCAUAAAUAAAGUCUUGGCACGGUUUUGAUUAUUGGGUAAAAUGGAGAACCAUUAUUUUUUUCUUUGUUCUCAUUAAAAGUAGAAUAAUGUUUAAAAAUCUUUUAGUACGUAAACAAUGGAUAAACCUUACAAUUAUUAUAUUUGUUUGCAUGAAAAUAAUUAAUAGUGAGAUGUUGUUAACAAAAAAAAAAGUUCACUCAGCAUUAUUCCUCUCAGGAAACGUUGACCGAAAAAAAGAGAAAAAGCUUAGACAUGAACUCAUCUGAUAUGUCUGAACUGCAGAGGACUUAUGCAGUCGCUAAAAAUGUUCAUCGGUUCAUCUUUUAACAAUAUUGCCCGUAUUCUGAAUGUCAGGUUUAACUUAAACCGCGGUCUAACUCAGUACUAAAAUUAUGGGAAGCCAAAAAUUCAGAAACUCUGUUUACAUUGUAUAUUUCUUAUGUUUCCAUUUCCAUCUUAAUUUAAUUUCUAUUGAAAAAUAUUAUACUUAUUUAAAACCUACAAUGUGUUGCCAAAAUUGUCUAAGUGUUUUUUUUUUCACAACAUAUGUAUCAUUAUUUUCUUUUUUUGCAACGUAUACAAAUAUUUAUGUUUAUAUAUGGUAUACAAUUAAUGUAUGUACAAUUGAUGGAAGUGAAAUAAAUAAAUUUGAAUUUGAAUUUGUUUACUAUUUUGUCUCCUUUUGCUUUCAUAAUGAAGAAAAAUACUUCAGUUAUCAUUCCCAGACAGUUAAGAACAAUUUGGAUGUCAUGUGAGGUAAUAAAUAUAAUCUGUACUGUUAGGGAUUUGUGCUCCAGUUGGCUCUCCAUAGUUAAACCACAACUUAAAACCAUUGCUUAAUUUAAACCCGAGUUCAGAAUACGGGCCUAAGAGUAUAAAAGUGACUUACAAUAAAAUCAUGAUUAAUGAUUUCCAUUCGUUUCCCCCAGUAUAGUGUUACUAAAAUUAAAUUAAGUGAUGUUAAUAUCCCGAUCGAUGAUUAACCUUUCCUUCAAACCACUGACAUAACUCAAUAUUUCCAACGCUUCGAAUGAAAUAAAACUAAUAAACUUCUCAAAUCGGGUGGAAAGCCAUGGUACUAUAUCAGUCAAUGAUCAUACGAGUUUUAUACAGGGUAUCCAGAAAAAAAAUCAAUAAUCCAUUUUCAAAUUGCCUAACAAAACAAGCACUUUUUAACAGGUUUGCAGGUCUUAGUAUGAAAGAAAUAGAUAUAAAAAUAUAACAAUAAAUGAAUAAUAUUAAUGAAUAUUCUGCUCAUUUUGUGCCUUUAUUUAUUAUUUUUUUUUUUUUUUUUUGGGGGGGUGGUUUCAAGAACUAUGAUUCUAUUUGUUUAUAGUUAACUAUCAUAUAUUACAUUCAUAUGUGCUUGAACUUGACUAAACUUUUAUUUUAUAGUGGUAGGCCUAAAUAUAAUUAUUCAUAAAUAAUUAUGUGAAAGGGUUUGCUAUUUUACUCUUGCUUUGUAAUAGAUUUAUUUAGUAUUAUUUUGCACAUGUCACUUUUUUCAUGCAAGUCAUUAUUACUGAAAUAAAAACACGGCCAUUUUUAGGAUGCGUAUAUGCAAUGGCCGAAUUGGUUUAAAGUUAAAGUUAAAGGGGAAAAAACCAGACUUUGAUUUUGAUCAUGAUGUUCUGUAUUUGUGUGAGAUUUUGUCAUCAAACCUUUAUUUCAUACAAAAAUAUGCCUGCAAAAUUAUAUCUGUAUUAUGGACCAAUUAAAUUAUGUAACAAUCCAAGCAAAUAUC